CAUAAAACACAUAAAGACGCCGGCGGAGCGUAUUAGCGCACAGUUGGCUUGGAGCUUGACUUCGAUACGGACUGUAGGCAGUAUAGCAGUAGAGUAAACAAGUAAUCGAUUAACGAACGCAAAGCAGAGCGAGCAACACGUGUGUCAAUUGAAAUCGUGUUGCGUAUCAAAUUGAAGCAUAAUUGAAAACAGUAGCAGUAGAACACACGGCAAUGGCAACCACAACGACAUCGAUUGAGGGCUACAAGCUGGGCAAGGUGCUUAUCGAGGGCAAAACGAAGCAAGUGUACAAUCUGCCCGAACAUCCUGGCCUCUGUUUGCUGCUCAGCAAGGAUCGCAUUACCGCCGGCGAUGGUGUCAAGGCCCACGAUCUGGCAGGCAAGGCGCAGAUCUCCAACACAACCAAUGGCCAGGUUUUCCGUCUGCUCAACGAGGCCGGCGUUCGCACUGCAUAUGUAAAGCAGUGCGGCGAAAAGGCGUUUAUUGCCCGCAAAUGCGAAAUGAUUCCAAUUGAGUGGGUUACUCGACGCCUGGCAACCGGCUCCUUUCUCAAGCGCAAUGUGGGCGUGCCCGAGGGCUACAGAUUCUCGCCCCCCAAGCAGGAGACUUUCUUCAAGGAUGACGCCAAUCACGAUCCUCAGUGGAGCGAUGAGCAAAUCAUUUCGGCCAAAUUCGAGCUAAAUGGUCUAACAAUCGGUCAGGAUGAGGUGGACAUUAUGCGACGCACCACGCUGCUCGUGUUCGAGAUCCUCGAGCGCGCUUGGCAAACAAAGAACUGUGCGCUCAUUGACAUGAAGGUGGAGUUCGGUGUGGAUGCCGAUGGCAACAUUGUCCUGGCCGAUAUCAUAGACUCAGAUUCGUGGCGCCUCUGGCCAGCAGGCGAUAAGCGUUUGAUGGUCGACAAGCAGGUCUAUCGCAACCUAACGUCGGUCACCAGCACCGAUCUCGAUACCGUCAAGCGCAACUUCAUCUGGGUAGCUGAGCAGUUGGCCGACAUAGUACCCCGCAAGGAUCACUUGGUUAUCAUUCUGAUGGGCAGUGCCUCUGAUACAUCGCACUGCGAAAAGAUUGCCACCAGCUGCCGCUCGCUCGGCCUCAAUGUGGAGUUACGUGUCAGCUCGGCCCACAAGGGACCGGAGGAGACGCUGCGUAUUGUCCGCGAAUAUGAAUCGGUGAUGACGAAUCUGAUCUUUGUCGCUGUCGCUGGUCGCUCGAAUGGCCUAGGUCCUGUUGUCUCCGGCAGCACCAACUAUCCGGUGAUCAAUUGUCCGCCCGUCAAGUCGGACAACAUGCAGGUGGACGUUUGGUCGAGUCUCAAUUUGCCGUCGGGCAUGGGCUGUGCCACCGUGCUCUAUCCGGAGGCAGCAGCGUUGCAUGCUGCCACAAUUUUGGGCCUUAACAACUUUAUGAUCUGGUCCAAGCUGCGCGUGAAGCAACUCAACAAUUUUGUGACGCUUAAGAAAGCCGACAAGGAGUUGCGCGGCGUACGCAAUGUCUAACCGGGCCGACCUGAUGGGCCAGCACAAUCUUUUUUUUAAUAAUUAUUAUGCACAUUUUUUCAAUUAUUUUUUCCUAUCUUCUAUGUUAUAAUUUAGUAUAGUUUGCUCAAACGCAAAUAAUAAAAUUAAAUAAAAUU